AUGAGCGGCUCCAGGGCGCGGGCGGCGGCGGCGGCGCCGGGGCCGGACAAGAAGCCGCCGCCGGGGUCCGCGGGGCCGCUCAGCCGCCUGCGGGGCCGACGGGGAUCGGCCGAUGCGCCCCCGCGGCAGCCCUGGACCGAGUCCGAGUUGCUGGCGCUGGAGACCGUCCGGCCCGAGCACGUCCUGGGGCUGUGCCGGGUGACGGAGAAUUAUUUAUGCAGACCUGAGGACAACAUUUACAACAUUGACUUCACUAGGUUUAAGAUCCGGGACCUGGAAACAGGAACAGUCCUAUUUGAAAUCGCCAAGCCAUCUGCUUCAGAGCACGAUGAGGAGGAUGAAGAUGACAGCAGUGAACUGGACGCAAGUGCAGGUCGCUUUGUUCGCUACCAGUUCACCCCAGCCUUUCUCCGUCUUCGGACUGUUGGUGCAACAGUGGAAUUCACAGUGGGAGAAAAGCCAGUGUCGAACUUCCGAAUGAUUGAGAGACAUUACUUCCGAGAUCGCUUGCUGAAGAACUUCGAUUUUGAUUUUGGCUUCUGCAUCCCCAGUAGCAGGAACACAUGUGAACACAUUUAUGAAUUCCCUCAGCUUUCAGAAGACCUCAUCCGUCUGAUGGUUGAAAACCCGUACGAGACGCGCUCGGACAGCUUUUACUUUGUGGACAACAAGUUGAUCAUGCACAACAAGGCCGACUAUGCUUACAAUGGAGGACAGUAAUCAUUCUGUCUGCUGGAUGCUGUGAUGCCCUUAACCAUUCCAGAUGUGGAGAAGUGGACUGGAGUUGCUGUUUCGUGCAGCAAGGCUUCUUGCCAAACUUUUUCUCUGUGCAUGAGGCUGAGAACAUGAAGCAUAGACAACAACUCCUGAAAGGAAAUCUCCCUGCAACAUCUCUCUAUGUGACACUCAGCAUGUCCUGCCUUUUCUU